AAGAAAAGCUCAACCCAAACUUUGAUUCCCCAAUCACCAUCUUCUCCCCCGUGCCCCGAGCCCCCGACCAUGGCGUCCGCGGCCGCCACCUCCACCCCCCUCCGUCUCGUUUCCUCCGCACGCCUUUCCAAGCCCCUCCUAUCCAAGCCCCACCUCCUCACCGUCUCCUCCCCCGUCUCCUUCCAGCGCCUCACCGCCAGGUCCUCCGCCUCCCCGACCCCCUCCACCUCCCCUUCCACCUCCGGCUCCGUCGACCCGGCGCAGCUUCCCCCUGCGCUCCGGGACAUCAUCGCGCUCUUCCAGUCCGUGCCUGAUGAGCGCACCCGCUACAAGCAGCUCCUCGCCUACGCCGCCCGGCUGCCGCCCAUGGACCCGACGCUCAAAACCGACGCCAACCGCGUUAGGGGUUGCGUCUCCCAGGUCUGGGUACACGCCGCGCCGGAGGUGGACGCGCCGGGCUGCGUCAGGUUCCAGGCCGACUCGGACGCGCAGCUCACCAAGGGCCUCGCGGCGUUGCUGGUGCUCGGGCUCUCAGGCGCGCCCGCCAGGGACGUGGCGAUGGUGCCGGUGGAAUUCAUCGAGAUGAUUGGGAUCAGGCAGAGCCUCUCACCGUCCAGGAACAGCGGACUGCUCAAUAUGAUUAAUCUCAUGAAGCUCAAGGCACUGGAAAUUGCUGCAGGUGGUGACGCAGCGGGCAAGGAGGGGACUGGCGGCCAAGAAAUCCAUCAGGUGGUUGCUCAACUGCGUGCCGUGGAGAAGGAAGAGCCUCAAUUUUCGGCUUUUGGUGCACAAGAACACGAGACUUCACAGACGGAAAGGCCUGAGGAGGAACAAUUUCCAGACGAACCAUCUGCUGUGGUACAUGGAAAUGGCAGCCUUGGGAUGGGGAGGAAGGAAAGGAUAAGGGAGAGUUUGGAGACCGGGCUUUCACCUGUGGAACUCGAGAUUGAGGACAUUUCACAUCUCCACAAGGGGCAUGCUGGGGUGGCAGGUAGCAGUGGAGAGACACAUUUCAAUGUGCGGGUGGUGUCCAAGGAGUUUGAGGGGAAGAGCAUGCUCAAGAGACACAGGGCUGUGUAUGAUCUCCUGCAGGAUGAGCUGAAGAGCGGGCUGCAUGCUCUGUCCAUUCAUGCAAAGACACCAUCUGAAGUCUAGGUACUGCAUACACAUUAGGUUCAUCUCUGCCCCUAUAUUGUUUUUAUGGAAAGCUCUUUUGGUGACACAUUGUAUGCUUUGCUAGAAUAGUGCUUCUCACUUGCUGAGAAGUCUCCUUUUACAAUUCUCAAUCGCAUAUGAUAUUUUCUUGUGUCAGCAGCAGAAGAUGGUUUGCUGAAUAUACUAAAACAGAAUUUUAAUUCUUCAUUCACAAACUUGCUGGAUGCUAAAUAAUGUAUGUGCAAUGGUUGUCUUCA